UUAAUAAUUAUUGUGCCGAGAGUUGAGUAGUAUAUUUUUAAAACAUAGUUAAUUAAUGAGAUAUAAUGGAGGACAGUGCGAUUAUUGGUGUUGAUUCCGAUGCAGCUCUGAACGAAAGCGCGCAAUGCUUUUCUGCAACGCCGAUAAGUGUCUUCAACACGGAUGAAAUAUAUUUGCAUAACAUUGGAAAUAGUAAUUAUGAUGGUUCCAAAAACAAUUUUCCGCCGAAGAACUUGCACUCAAGUGAUGAUAAUAAUGCUCACGAUAUACGAGAAUUAAACUCUGAAGUGUGUUUGAAUAUGAUAAGUGGAAUCAAUAAUAGUUUAGGUCAAAGAAGUACUGAAAAUUUCAAAAGGUUUUCAGUCGACAAUUUGCUCCAAAUGACAAAUUAUAACAAUGAGGAAUCAACUAAUAAACAAACUUCUUGUGAAAUAGAUACAUAUUCUGCAGUUGCGGAGCCGAAUGAUGUCGUAGUGACCAGUAAAAAAAUUAGGCGAAAUCGGACUACAUUCACAUCCAGCCAAUUGACGGCACUGGAACAGAUCUUCGAGCGAACACACUAUCCAGAUGCAUUUUUAAGAGAAGAAAUCGCAAAUAAAGUCGGUCUGAGUGAAGGACGGGUGCAGGUAGUUUGGUUCCAAAACCGUAGAGCAAAGUUUCGCCGAAAUGAACGUAGUAUUGCUUCAAACACAUCGUCGUCUGUUCUACACUAUUUGGCACCCAUCAAACAACAUAAAGAAGUUGAUAAGAUACAACAUCAUCAAGCAAGUUCAUCCAAUUCAUACUCGUUCAACAUACAGCAUCUGAAUGCGAUGUUUCCGAACACCCCAAUGGUUGGAAAAUUUACGAGAGAGUCAUUAACACUGCAAGAUAUGAGUUCAUGUAGUUACCAUCCAACGAGAUAUACCCCAACAAUAAUGGCAAAUUACCAAUUCCCCACGUAUAAAUAUUAAUAAAACUUUUAAUUAUUUACAUAGACCAUUAGUUUUUCGAAUGAGU